AUGGCGGAUACUGAAGGGGUACCCGUUGUUGCGCCGCCGCCUGAACCGCAGGCUAAGAGGGUGCUCUAUUGUGCUAGUUGAGUUUCUCUCUCCUCACUUCUCUUUUUAUUUUAUUUUAUUUGCUUCCGUUCGGGAGGGAGGGCUGGGAUGAUUUGCUCAUGUGGUGUGUGGGUAGUUUGCACACUCCCGCCAGAGGUACGUUUUGUGAUGGUUCUCCUCUGGGUGAUGAUGAAGGGUUGCUGACGUUGGAUGGAUGGACGGAUGGGUGGGUGAAUGGAUAGUACUGCGAAUUCGGCACAACCUCUAAGAAAUGCCGUGAAUGGUUGGAAAUGAAUCACUCAGAGUUGGUGCCUGUAAUCUACAAUACUGGUUCCUCCUCCCCGCAUUCCCUGCAUUCGCCCGCCCUGUUGCUUACGAAAAAAACAGAAGCCAUAGAAUCCGCCAUGCAAAACCUCUCCACCGCCGCCCAAGAAAAGGCUCAAAAGGCCGAAGCCGCAAUGGCCAAGAAGGCGCUCAAGGACGAAGCCAAGCAAGAGCGGGAGUUGGCGAAAAAGCUCUCCUCGCCCGUGAUACUCAAGCGCGUGGAGCGAACCAAGCGUAAGCACGUCAUCGUGAUUACGGGGCUGGAGGCCUUUGGCCUCGACUUGAAGAAGGUGGCCAAGGAGAUGGGGAAGAAGUUUGCUUGUGGAGCUAGCGUGACGAAGGGCGUUGGUGGCGGCGGGGAUGAGAUUGUGGUUCAAGGGGAUCUGGGAGAGGAGAUUCGAGAGUGGAUCGAGGAGAGGUUUGAGGAGGUGCCUAGCGGGAAUAUGGAGGUUGUUGAGGAGAGGAGGAAGAAGAGGGAGGGGCAGUAG